AUGAGCCAUAUCACUUGGCAUUGCAGAAUUCCUAAGAGGAUUUGGGCUUGGGCGGCUGGAAUUUUUAAUCUGCAACCAAAUGAAGAGCUAGUGGCCUCUUAUAAGGCUGCAAAGGGGCGUAGUAGGAUGAUAAAGGAUCUGUGGCUGGUUGCAAAUCUUGAAAUUGUCACAGAAUUAUGGAAGUUGUGCAACAAGGCCUUCUUUGAAGAUAUUGCGGUUCAAUGGCUUGGUUUUAAAGGGAGACUGUAUCAAGUUAUUCGUGAUAACUCAAUUAGAAUGAAGGGCCAUAUGCAUAACAAUUUAGAUGACUUGCGCAUUCUGAACUAUUUCAAGGUGCGACAUAGAUCAUGCAAGUUCUCUACUCCAAUUGAGGUUAGCUGGACUCCUCCUAACCCAGGUGAAAUUAUGAUAUGUUGUGAUGGUGCGUCACUUGGUAAUCCAGGCCAUGCUGGUUAUGGUGUUACGUUCCGUGAUUCAAAUUUAGCAGUGCUUGGUGUUCUCUGUGUUGGCCUUGGUUGGCAGACUAAUUAUUAUGCGGAAGUGUGUGUGGUUAUUUAUGGUGCGAUGCUAGCAAAAAGGUGGAAUGUUAAAAACCUUUGUAUUCGGUCAGAUUCGAUGAGUUGUAUCCAAGCUUUUCAGAAAGGUGAAAAGUGGAGAAUGGAGAAGAGUUUUUCACCAACAUACGCUAUAUUCAUAACUAUAGGGAAGUAA